AUGCAAGGCACCGCAGCACCAAACGAAAACCGCCGACGGGGCACGUGCUCGGUGACGGAUUGCACCAACCAGGUGUACGCGCGGCAAUUGUGCUGCCGCCAUGGGGCCAAGAAGCAGUGCAUUGUCACCGGCUGCUCCCUCCGUGCGCGGCUCAACGACGUGUGCUUCAAGCACGGAGCCCAAAAGAAGCAGUGCAUCGAGCAAGGAUGCGCGCAGCCAGCGCAAGCCCGGCAGCGCUGCGUCAAGCACGGCGGUGGUCGCCAUUGCAAGGUCAACGGAUGCUUUGCACACUCCCGAGUGGGAGGGUUCUGCCAACGACACCGCCUCCCUGGAUCGUUGCUGGAAACGAUGGACAUGAGCUGGGACGAGUCCAAGGCCCACAACGACCGAUCGUAUUCAGUGGCGUCGAAUAGCGAUGUGUGUGCAUCAGCAGACACGUCCGCGGUGGUGUUGGACCCGUGGGUUCUGUGUCUGGUGGACCCCAUCAGAUUGAAUCAACAUACCUGCUGCUGGAGCAAUCUCAGCGAAGAAGACAGUGCCAUGAUGCAGGACAUCUUUGGGUUGCUGGCAAAUUAGGCAAGAGUUGAUGCAGCGCACCCAGGUUAUACUGUACCCCUUCGGUAGUAUUGGACAAAUCACUAUCACCAUGCUAAGCCGUAGACUCCACGACUGACAAAGCAAAUGGGAAUGGCGACUUGCUGACGUAUACUUCAUUCAGAAUGAAGUACCCUCGGAACACAGUCAGUCGGUAGGUUUACCUGCCCAAGGUUUGAGGCUAGAGGCUACAUUUAUACCCUCAAGUUUCGUUAACCUCUGCUAGGUACAGUACAACUAUAGUUAUAGCGCACUACAAGGACUCGGGCGAGGCUUGUGCACUGCGAAAUCAGCUGCGCAACACAGUUAAUGUUAACAUUUUUCAUUCGACGACGCAA